UUGCUUCCACUGCUCUGUUGUGACAGUAAGGUGACAGGACCCGUUGAUGAGAAACUGGUGUGAAGUCACAUAGACAGCGUGAAUUAAUGAAAGAAAACUUUUUUUCUCCCUUGGAACUUAUCUCCAUAAAGUCAUUGUGACUUUUCUUGAAGGUCAUCUGUUCACAAUGGCCUUUGAGGAGCUCCUGAAUGAAGCUGGUGGCAUGGGGAAAUUCCAGAUCCUUCAGCUGUUUUUAGUUCUCCCCCCUGUCAUGAUAUUAGCCUGUCACAUACUGUUGGAGAACUUCACAGCGGCCAUUCCUGGUCAUCGUUGCUGGGUCCACAUUCUCGACAAUGACACUAUGUCUGAUAAUGCCACUGGGACCCUCGCUGAUGUCCUCCUGAGAAUCUACAUCCCCCUGGACUCAAACUUGAAGCCGGAGAAGUGUCGUCGCUUCCUCCACCCCCAGUGGCAGCUCCUUCACCUGAGUGGAACCUUCCCCAACGUGACUGAUCUGGACACGGAGCCCUGUGUGGACGGCUGGGUGUAUGAUCAAAGCUUCUUCUCCUCCACCAUCGUGACUGAGUGGGACCUUGUAUGUGAUUAUCAGUUUCAGAAAUCAGUGGCUCAGUUCCUAUUCUUGGCUGGAAUGUUGGUGGGAGGCCUCAUAUAUGGCCACUUCUCAGACAGGUUUGGCCGAAAGUUGAUUCUCAGAUGGUGUUUGCUUCAGCUCGCCAUCUCUGGGACCUGUACAGCCUUUGCUCCCACCUUCCUCAUUUACUGUUUACUACGCUUCUGGUCAGGCUGUUCUGCUGCAGUCAUCAUUACAAAUAACUGGAUGCUCACUAUAGAGUGGACAAGGUCCCAGUCAAAAGCCAUGGUAAUAGCACUGAUAACCUCUGCCAUUAGUAUUGGACAGAUAAUUCUGGGAGGACUAGCUUUUGCCUUUCGUGAAUGGCGCACCCUGCAGCUGGUGAUAUCCAUACCUUUCUUUGUCUUCUUUGUCUCUUCAAGGUGGCUGGUGGAAUCUGCUCGGUGGCUGAUUAUAACCAAUAAACCAGAGGAGGGCUUAAAGGAACUUAAAAAAGUUGCACAUAGAAAUGAUAAAAAUGAUGAAGCCACCCUGAACAUGGAGGGUUUGAGAGCUACCAUGCAGGAGGAGCUGGAGGCAGCACGGACCAAAACGACUCUAUUUGACUUGUUCCGCACACCCAUCCUGCGUAGAAGGAUGUGUCUCCUGUCCUUUGUGAGAUUUGCAAGCAUAAUACCCUUUUAUGGCAUCUUUAUCAAUCUACAGUACUUUGGGAGCAACAUUUUCCUGUUCCAGGUCAUCUUUGGAGCUCUCACUGCCUUAGCCCGUUAUCUUGCCCUUUUAUCUCUGAAUCAUGUGGGUCGUCGACCAUCCCAGAUGUUUUUCAUGUACCUGCUGGGACUUUCCAUUUUGUGCAACACAUUUGUGCCGCAAGAAAUGCAGACCCUGCGUGUGACUUUGGCAAGUGUGGGAAUCACCUUUGCUGCUGCCUCCACCACCAGUUUUUCUGUCCACUAUGAUGAACUUGUCCCCACUGUCCUAAGGGCGACAGCUUUGGGAUUAGAUAUAGUGGCCAGUAGGAGUGGGUCAUCAGUGGCUCCUCUCUUGAUGACCCUAGCGGUAUAUCUACCCACCUUGCCCUGGAUCAUCUAUGCAGUAAGUCCCAUCCUUGCUGGUCUUGUUGUCUUCUUCCUACCUGAAACCAGAAAUCUGCCUCUGUUUGAUACAAUCCAGGAUGUGCGAAAUAACAAAAAAUUCUCAGGAAAAAUAAAUGAGAAAGAUUCCUACACAAAAGUAACAAAAUUUUAAGUGGAUUUCAUGAGCUGACUGGUGAAGAAAUAAAAAUAAGAAGGAAAAAAACUGGAAUUUUCCUUUACAUCUACAAACUGGCAAUAAAAUAUGCUAGAAAAAAA